AGUUGACGUAUUAAUUUGGAAACGUUUAAAAGUAUUCCAGUUGAAGUAUACAAUUAUGCUUAUCGUGGCCCUAGUAUCUUAAUAAUACGGACAUUAAAGAAAACGUUAAGUAACAUUGUGGUUAUGUGCGUAGUGACACUAUACGUCAGUGACAUUACUUUAAACAAUUGAUUUGUGUUCAGUUAUUAGCACUUAAGUGUAUACUGCGAUAAUGGAGGAUUUCAAAAGUGAAUUUGACGAAGCCCUGAACAAAGUGGUUAAAAUAAGUUCCAUGAAAAUACACGACUACAGUGAAUACAAGGAAGUGUUAUGUCGAGUUGCCAAGGCCAGGAAUAAUGAUUUUAGCGAUUCGAAGGGACGAAGACUUGUAAAAAUGUACAAAGUUGCGAUAAUCGAUGGGGAAAGUAGGCUUAUACCAGCUAAUAACGCGAGUACGAGAAUUGUAUGUUACGUGUACAUGGAAGAGAUUUAUAGCAUUUUACAAGAAUCGCAUAUCCGUUUGAACCAUGGCGAUUGCCAAAGUAUGUUUAACGAAUUAAAAUACAAAUACGUAAAUAUUACCAUCGAUAUUAUCCAGUUGUAUCUAUCAUUUUGUAAAGCUUGUCUGCCGAAAAAAAAUACCGCCAUGAAGAGCUUCGAUGAAAUUAUGUACCAAGAGAUGAAUUCCAGAUGUCGUUUGGAUAUAAUAGAUGUUAAGCCUCAUUACGACGGAGAUUACAAGUACAUAUUUAGCUACGAAGAUUAUAAAACAAAAUAUUGUUUUUUGCGACCGCUGAAGUCUGUGUGUCCAAACGAAGUUGCAACUAUAGUUGUCGAUAUUUUUACCACCAUAGGAGCUCCCAACAUUAUUCAAACAAAUCGAGGCUCGAAAUUUACAUAUACUUUGAUUCAGCUGUUAACCGAGAUGUGGCCUUAUCUUAGAAUACUUCCUGGAAUGUCGACGCACGAUGAUAAUGAAAGUAUUAGGAAUCUAAUCUUCAAAAAUCACAAGGGCAAAAAAACAUUUGGCGAUUAUCGAUGGACACAAGUACUGGGCUUCAUACAGAUCAAGAAGAAUCGUUCAUUUAACGCGGAUAUACAACAAACGCCUUUUGAAGCGAUGUUCGGCCGAGCCGUGAAAAUCGGUCUCAUUGAUUCCGUUGUAAGCAAGAAAGACAUCGCCUCGCUUAGAACCGAAAACGAUUUGAGAACAGUGCUUUGUUCGUAUGUUAACGAGAAAUGCACAUUGCUCAAUAAAAGUUCAGAUGAUGAAAUUGAAUCUCCCGCUAAAAUUUCACAAGUUGCAACGGUCGAAGAUGAAGAAGGAAACAAUAAUAAAGAUGAUACCAAGAUAGAAGGAAUCAAGAAUGAAACGCAGCAGCAGGUGAAGACAAGGAAGUCUGGAUAUUUCAUAGGAAACGAGGUGGGGAGCGACAAGGAUAGUAAUAAGAAAACCAAAAGAGAUGCGAAAGAAUACGACAAAAUUGCGAAAGAGGUGCUAAAUAGUCCUGGACAGAGGGGCAGGAGAAAGAAAAUAAAAUUGCAAGAAAUUGAAAUUGGUAAAGAUAUUGAAGCAGUGUUUAUCAAUGAACAACCGCCGGUUCGAAUAAGCAGUCAUACUGUAGACGAUCCAUUGAUCGUGAAACGACAUACUAGCAGCAAUUUAAGGAACAAUAGAAUUCUUAACAAAGGCAACGAUGAUAGAUUUUACAAAAAGAAUUAUAAUUUGAUUAAAGGAAUAAAGGAUCCUGUAAUAGUAAUAUCUGAAGAGCAAGAAAUGCAGAAACAUAUUAAUAAUAUCAAGAUGGAUCACUCAUAUAUGAGAAGCAGUAUGGAUAUAGAUAAUGCCGAAGAAGCGUUAGAUGAUUCUAACAUAUCAUGUAUUAAAACUACAGAGGAUAUUGAGAACUUUAUAUUUGCAAAUACUGUAGAUAAAGGAGCGGCCUUUAAAGCAACCAAUACAGUAAAAAGUGAAGUUACCAAAGAACUGAAAAAACCCACAAAAGAAGAAGCGUUUGAUUUGGAAUACGGAGGUAAAAAGAAGGAUGACCGAUUCGAGAUUCAGACAGCACCUGAUAAUUUUAUAAGUUGCACAACAAAAGUUGAAUUUGUCCCAGAUCGUCAAUCAUUAGAAGACAAUCCAAAUGCCGAAGUGAUUAAGAAGAUUAAGUUUAAGCGAAUUCAAACAGUGACAUUAAAUAAGCAAAUCACAAAACGGGUGACUAGAAGUAGUACGAGAGCACUGAACAGCAACAAACCUGCCGAACCUAGCAUCAAUUUGCGGGUGACAAAAUUCGAUUCAAAAUAUCGAAACAAAUCUAAAAAGUCGAAUAAACCUGAUGAAAAAUGCAAGGACCUGAUUAGUCUGAAAAAGAAUAAGCCUAAUAUGGAAUAUACGUAUGCUAAACGAGGGAAACAUGUGAAGAAGGAAAUAAUAGAAGAUGUUAAACCGGUGUUAGGCGAGAUUGAAAGCAUAGUACCUGACAUAGAUUUGAAGACUUUCCAGAGUAUCCAGAGUUUGCAGCACACUAUAACGCCGAAUGGGAAUAUGGCCAUACCAUUCGAUAGGAAUGAUGAUGUCGACGAAGAUUUGUGUAUUUAUGGACAUCUCAUUGAUCCAAUAACAGGUGAAUCGACGGUCGAGCAAUAUUUCGUUGGGUGUUCGUGUCCAACAGAUUGCAAGAAUAAUAAAAAGUGCCCGUGUAAACUGAAGUCGAUGUUGUGUAAUGUUAAAUGUCACAAUGCUGAGGAGUGCAAAAACUAAUGUUUUAUUUAUAUAAUAAGCAUGUUUAAAUU